AUGCUUGGCCGAAUCCAGCCAAGACCAACCAUGGGCGGCUUCGACGCCGACCAGGCGACGCACCUCCACAGGGCCGUCGUCGUCCGCGAAGUCGAGCGUGGCGAUGGCGUACCGGUGGAUAGCGGCUACAUAGCCUUUCUCACCGAGCCGUUCGAGCGCCACGAGCGGAUGACGCUCGUCAUCCUCGCCCGCCGCUCGGAGCUCCGCUUGGAUCCGGGCCUGGGAGCUGCCGAACAAAAACGUCUGACUCGCAAGGCGCAGGAGCUGCUGAUCCUCGGCGACGAGGUCGGCUUCCUGCCCGGCGACGCGAGCGCGCACGAUGGUUUCCUGCGCGUGCGGAGCUUCACGAAGACUUCAACCCCCAAGCAGCUCCCGUUCCCGGUCCGACCGGAUCUUCAGAUGAGGUUCACCGGCAUCACCGACGAAGCCAAGAAUUCGCGCAUCUUCAUGGAGAUGGCCGGCGUGAUCCCUAUUCCUAUCGAGAUCGAUGAUUUCAUUGUGCCGAACGUUCGAAUGGGAUUUUGGGCUCGGCUCACCGUAGAUGCCGCUGCCAGGCGCGUUGUGCCCGUGUUCGUGGAGUACGAGAAGGUCAAGGAAGAUCUCAUGACGGUCAACCGAGCGCCAUGGGCCAAAAUCCCGGAGCGAACUGUGCAUUUGCAAUUGCAAGAAGAAGACGGCGCCCUGGUGAUGGGAUACAGGGACGAUGACGAGGAAUACAAGCACACUGAUAUUCGUCGAAAUGCCAAGUGCAUCCUGACGGGCCCGACCACACUUUACAGCAAUGAAUACCCGAAGGAGCGUAUUGUCCUGCCACACGCGAAGCGCCAGGAGAUAAUCGAGAAGAUUGGCCACCAAUUCUUUUGCGAGCUCCACUUCAACCAGACGCUCGAUUGCUUCGUGGUCAUGUCCGAUCUCAAGCCCGCGGGAGACAAGCCGUAUAUGCGACGGGAAUACGCCAACAAUCAAUAUGCCUUGGAAAUCGGCGUUCGUGAAGUCGUAGACUGUCAAGGCCUGUUCCACUCCGAGCAUUUCGGCUACAUCGAUGAUCCGCACAAAUUGCUCUACACCAACUACUUCACCAAAUAUCGCGAAUCGAUCUGCCGCGUUACCGUGAUCGACAGUGUCCCGACCCGUAUCGGUCAUUUUCGGAUUGUCGGCGUAGAGGAAUCGAAGAAAAACAAGCUGCGGAAAUUCAUGCAGGAAAACGCGGUAUGUGUUUCGGACACCGAGGCCGUUGUCUACUCGCUGGACGGCACCGCAUUGGCCAUCUGCGGUUGGCCGAUGGCGAAGAUCAGGUUCGACUCGACGGUCUGCCCCGGCUGGCGCCGCAUGAAGCCUGGCACCAAGAUCAAGAUGGACAUCCGAUAUGAACCUGGAAUGGAGUCCUUCGUCGUCACCAAGUUCACCGAGCUGCCCGACACGAUUCGUGUUUGCCAGACUGCUGAGGGAAUGCUCCUCUUCCAAACGAAGGCAGUCUGGGAUCGAGGAAUCCUGAAGAAUCUGGCGGUGCUCACCUCGUCGGUGUUUGGCCCACUCGACGACCUGAAAGAUGAGUGCCCGCGCAAGCCGGCCCCUAAUAAGGAAUACGAUCUCUGGGUGGCGGUCAGCUCGGCGGGAUCGGCUAGCCUGCCCGCGGCUCACACACCCUUCAACGUCUACUCAUGUGGCCUGGAGCAGCCGCCCAAUACCACCGAGCCGAUGAUGUUCAUUGAGCAAGAGCCCGUGCGCCCCGUCGAGCAAGCGAAGCCGCGCGUGCGGUUCGCCCUUCCAACCGCGGCCACCGCCAGGCCGGACGCUGCUCUGAAUGCUGCUACGAAUGCGUCUGAGAUGCCCUCCCUGAUGCGAGAAGCCGCUGCCGCACCAUCGCUCGCUAGCAACCAUCCACCACCCACACGCUUCUCGGUGCCAAAACAUGCUCCGACGUCACCGAGAAACGCUGUCGAAGUCGGUCUUCCCCUGGCGCACGUCUCGUUGACUCCCAGUCAAUCGGAAUGCAUGUCGGCCUAUGUGCAGAGCACGCGGAAAUUCCUGCGCCUCGCCGAGCUGGGUCUGGUGAUGGACACCAACCCCAGCUCCGCGAUCGUCAUACAAUUGACGAGGCGCGCGCUCGGAUUGUUCAACGAGGCCAAGUGCUGCCCUGAACGCGCCAAUGGCCUGCCGAAAUGCGGUGAAACCUGCCCGAUAGCCGAGUUGUUGCAUAAUACGACCUCACGCCAUCUCGCCAUAUUCAAAGAGGACCAACGGGCGUUCGACGAUCUGAUCGACUUCUUCCAAAAGACGACCCUGGGC